AAUUAAAGAAGAGAAAGUAGUGAGAGUGAUGAUGAGGGGUCCCUAAAUAAUAAAAAGAUCAAAAGCCAAACAAACUACAGAGUGUUGUGCAAUUAUUCAUACCAUGCCAUGAAUUUCAUCCCAAAGCUAAAUAUAUAGCUAGCUAGCAUUGCAUUCAAAAGUGGACAAAAAAGAUUUUAUAAAAAAUAAUAGCAAAAUAUUAAAGUGGGAUAAGCAAGCUUUUCAUUAAAUAAAUAAAUAUUGGUCCAUAAACUAAAACACAGAGAGAGAGAGAAAGAGAGAGAAGGUGCUCUGGUUUGAAUUGAAGAAGAUGAUGAUGAGGAAAAGCAUAAGGUGCUGCAUAUCUUGCAUUCUACCAUGCGGAGCCUUGGACGUAAUAAGAAUAGUUCACUCCAAUGGCAGGGUGGAGGAGAUCAGCGGAGCAACCAUCAAAGCCAGCGAAAUCAUGAAGGCACACCCUAAGCACGUGCUCAAGAAGCCAUCUUCACCUUCCGCCGCCGCACCUCUUCCAAACAUCGUCGUCGUCCCUCCCGACGCCCUCCUCCAGCGUGGUAAGAUUUACUUCCUCAUGCCACUCCCCUCCCCUCCUCCCGCCGAGAAAAACCAUAACCGCCGCCGCACCUCCUCCACCAAGAAGAAAGCUAGGAAGGAAGAAACCACCGCCACCACCACCAGCAACAAUAAUAAUAAUAGCAGCAGCGUGGUUGUGUCUUGUGACCGGUACUUGACGGAAAUAAUGUCGGAGAAGAUUUCGACGCAGCGGGACAGAAGAAGAGGCCGCGUCGCUGUGUGGAGACCUCACUUGGAGAGCAUUUCGGAGUCCUCAUCGUCAUCGUCACCACCAUCAACAACUCAACUCUAACGACGGUUUCUUCGCCACGUUUUUUCUUUUUCUUCUUGUCUCUCCUCUAUUCAAGUGUGUCUUCCAUGAUAUCCAUAUAUUAUAGGGUUCGUUCAAGGCAUAUAUUAAUUUCCAACCUUCCAAUCUCUUCUUUUUC